UUUCAAUCUACUGAUACAAAAGUAGCUGUAACUGUACAGCAAGAGAUUCGCGAGAUUUCAUAUUGAUUUCAAUAUCGGCUCGAUGAUCGGAAAUACACUAAAAGGGAGCUGAACUAAUGAGUGGAAGGAGGAGAAGCAAACCCAAUCGGGGUGGAGGACGGUUCAAUAAACCCAGAGGAGGUGGAGGAGGAAGAGGAGGUGGAGGUGGAGGAGGAAGAGGAGGUGGAGGUGGAAACAGGAAAGCUGCUAGUGGAUGUUGGGAUGAUGGGGAUGAUUUCAGCCUGGAUUUGGGUCGCAGUCGGUCAUUCAAGCCUCCCUCAUCUAGAGGUUCAAGAGGUGUCCGUGGGGCUCGUGGAGGAACCGGCAGAGGAAGAUCUCAGGCACUGGCCAGAAAACACGACGAGGAGGAGAUGAGAUCCAGAUUUAGACCUGAGCAAGUGCAGCUGCCCCUGCAGAAGAUACACAUGACUUCAGAGAACAAACUGCAGGUCAAAGAACUGCUGCGGGAACUUCAGAGCCACGAGUAUCACACACCAAAUAGCGGCUCUGACUAUGAAGGUGGUGAGGAUGAGGAGGAUGAGGAAGAGGAGUAUGAUGAGCUGGACCGUCGUGAGGAAGGUCAGUUCUGGCAAACCCAUGAUGAUGGAGUAGAAUGUGCCGAGAGUGAUGACUGGAUGGAGGACUCGGUCGAGGAGAAGCACACAAAGCCAGAGCCGGUGAUCUCUCUGUUUGCUCUGGGCACUCUUUGCAGGUAUGGCUUUGACCGUGAACGCUGUCGACAAGCUUUGGAGGCUGGAGAAGAAAGUGGACGUGGUGAGGUUGGAGCGACAUUAGAGCUCCUCCUAUCCCAGAUUUUCACAGAACGUUUCGACUCCAGCGCCCUCAGCCCCCAAACAUCAGACCUCCCUUCUCAGGAGGAAUGUGUAGCUCCGCGACAGGAAGAGGCCCUGGCUUUGACCGCAAUCUACGGGGAUCGCUUCUGUGAGCGCAUCAGUAAUCGUGUUUGGACAAUCCAGCUUGAUUUGCAGUGGCUGGAUGAAAGGCGGAACAAAAUUUCAGACGCUGCGAAUUGUAAAAAGCAGUCAGGAUCCAAUCAGAUUUGCAAGUUUUACAUGAAGGGGGCAGGUUGUAGGUAUGGAAACCGCUGCAGGUUCAAGCACCAAACUCCUGAAUCGAGCUCUUCCAGAGAAUUUUGUAAGGCAAGUCAGCCAGGGUUUAGCAGCACAGAAGUUCCCGUUUAUCAGCUGGAGAUUCGCUUCCAACCAGGUAGUUUAUAUCCUUUUCAAGCUCCGCUCGUGGCCUUCAGUAGCACUGAUGAAUCGCUCUUAGGCGCGGGACGCCUCAGUGUCACAGAGUACCUGUUCGGUCAGGCACUCAGUGCUGCGCAGGAAGGAGAGCCGGUGGUCUACACCCUCAUUUCCUGUCUGGAGGAGGACGGACCUGCUAGAGAGCUGCUGUCAGCUGCCCAUCACAAAUACAGUGCUCCGCCCCCUGUUCUGGCUCCGCCCACCGUCACUCCGGCCAGGAAUCGGAGCAGUAGGAACACUGUAGAAAACAACAUUACGACCAAUACAGCAACUAGAGAUCAAUUAACCAACACCACCGAGAGCACAAACCACAGAGUGAGACAGAAGGAAGAUGCUUCAUACCUAAGAGAGGAUAUUGUUGAUGAACAAGAAGAUGGUGAUGAUGAUGAAGAUGAAGAACAAUGUAUCCCAGUGGAAAAUGAGAGCUAUGUUAACUUGAGGAAGAGGAUGGUGAAGAUCGAGAUCAAAACUGAGCAAAUACUGCAAGAGAACAAGAAGCUCUGCAGAGAGUUCAAGAGGAAACAGUCGUCGAGGCGCUAUACAUCGAUGCAGGAGCAGAGGCAGAAGCUGCCUGCAUGGCAGAAGAGAGAGGCCAUAUUGGACUGUUUGGAUAAGAACCAGGUUCUCGUCAUCAGCGGGAUGACUGGGUGCGGGAAAACCACUCAGAUUCCUCAGUUUAUCCUGGAUCAUUUCCUCCAGACUGGACGGCCGGAUAGAGUGGCCAACGUUAUUUGCACUCAGCCACGGCGCAUCUCUGCCAUCACUGUGGCGACCCGAGUGGCCCAGGAACGAGCAGAGGCCUUGGGUCACUCCACAGGCUAUCAGAUCCGUCUGGAGACCGUCAGGUCCUCCAGCACCAGGCUGAUGUUCUGCACCACCGGCGUCCUUUUGCGGAGGCUAGAGGGCGACUCUGAGCUCAGUGGCAUCACACAUGUGAUUGUGGAUGAGGUCCAUGAACGGACAGAAGAGAGUGACUUCCUGUUGCUGGUUCUGAAGGAUCUGAUUGUAAAAAGGAUGGAUUUGAAAAUAAUUAUGAUGAGUGCAACCCUGAAUGCCGAGCUCUUCUCACAGUACUUCAACAACUGCCCCAGCAUCCAUAUACCAGGACGUACAUUCCCGGUGGAGCAGUUCUUCCUUGAAGACGCCAUCGCUAAGACCAAGUAUGUAAUUGAAGAUGGAAGUCCAUAUCGGUGCUCCACAAAGCAAAAUCGUCCCUCUGGUCAGGGUGGCACGGCUGGGAAGGGACGGGCUCCUGUUGAGGAUUUUGAUGAUGAUGGUAGCUGGUCAUUUACGUCCUUAAUGAAAAAGGAUUCGGUCAAAGACUCCAUCCCUGAUCAGCAGCUCAGUCAACAGGAUCUUACCGUCCGAUAUUCCAAUUACUCAAAGUCUGUAGUGAAAACAUUGGCUGCUAUGGAUCUUGAUAAAAUCAACAUGGACCUGGUGGAGAGUCUGUUGGAGUGGAUUGUUGAUGGAGAGCACAGCUACCCACCAGGUGCUGUUUUGGUCUUCCUACCAGGACUUGCUGAAAUAAAGCAAUUAUACGAGCAGCUGCAGUCUAACAGGAUGUUCAAUAAUAGAAGAACAAACAGGUGUGUAGUGUAUCCUCUACACUCGUCCCUGUCCAAUGAGGAGCAGCAGGCGGUCUUUACCCGCCCACAUGAGGGUGUGACCAAAAUCAUCAUCUCCACCAACAUCGCUGAAACUUCUGUCACCAUUGACGAUGUGGUGUAUGUCAUAGACUCUGGCCGGAUGAAGGAGAAGAGGUUUGAGACGCUUCGCAGUAUGGAGAGUCUAGAGGACGUAUGGGUGUCUCGUGCCAAUGCUCUCCAGAGAAAAGGCCGUGCUGGUCGUGUGGCGUCAGGCGUCUGCUUCCAUCUGUUUACAAGACAUCGCUUCACACAUCACCUGAGCCAACAGCAGCUGCCUGAGAUUCAAAGAGUUCCCCUGGAGCAGCUCUGUCUAAGGGUUAAGGUGUUGGAGGUGUUUACGGAGCGUCCUCUGGAGUCAGUUUUCUCUCAGCUUAUUGAGCCGCCCGCAGAGGGCAGUCUGGAGGCCGCUAAACAGCGCCUGUGUGCCCUGGGCGCCUUGACGGACGAGGAGUCUCUGACUCCCCUCGGUUGGCAUUUGGCCUGUCUGCCUGUGGACGUCCGCAUCGGUAAACUCAUGCUGCUGGGAGCCAUCUUCCGCUGCCUGGACCCUGCCCUCACCAUCGCCGCUAGCCUGGCCUUCAAGAGUCCAUUCGUGUCUCCCUGGGAUAAACGAGAGGAAGCUAACGAGAAGAAGUUGGGGUUCUCUCUGGCAAACAGCGACCAUCUGGCCUUGCUGCAGGCGUACAAGGGUUGGUGUAACGCAGCACAGGGCGGCUUUAAGGCUGGUUACCAGUUCUGCAGAGAGAACUUCCUCUCGAUCCGAGGCUUACAGGAGAUAGCAUGUCUUAAAAGGCAGUUUGCAGAGCUUCUGUCUGACAUUGGCUUUGUGAAGGAUGCCAACCUGAACUCUGAUAACACAAAGCUGAUGUCAGCCAUGUUGUGUGCGGCUCUCUACCCUAACGUAGUCCAGGUGAGAUCUCCUCAGGGGAAGUAUAAGCUCACUAGUAAAGGAGCUGUGAAGAUGCAGCCUAAAGCAGAGGAGCUGUGCUUCAUGACCAAGAGUGAUGGAGCCGUCCACAUACACCCCUCGUCUGUCAACUUCUCUGUGCGGCACUAUGACAGCCCAUACCUGGUGUACCAUGAGAAAGUGAAGACCAGUCGAGUGUUUCUCCGUGACUGUAGCAUGGUGUGCGUGUAUCCCAUGGUGCUGUUCGGUGGCGGGCAAGUGAGCGUGGAGCUGCAGCGUGGAGAGUUCAUCAUCUCUCUGGACGACGGCUGGAUCAGAUUUGCAGCUGCGUCUCAUGAGGUGGCUGAGCUGGUGAAAGAGCUGCGGUGGGAGCUGGAUCAGCUCUUAGAGGAGAAGAUCAGAAAUCCCAGCAUGGAUCUGAUCAGCUGUCCUCGAGGGUCUCGCAUCAUACACACCAUAGUGUCGCUCAUCUCCACACAGUAGCAUCAACGUUCUUCUCACACACUAUUCACAAUUAAAUAACAGCGGGAUGCUCACCUGAAAACAGCCUUUUUUCAGAUUUUGUUGAACUUUGUGGAGGCACUUGAAACAUUUUCAUUUUCUUUUGUAGAGUAGAUGCAGAAAAUAUACUUUGGCAUUGUGUGAUUUCACACAGACAUUUCCUAAAUCCCAGAGUCCAUAUUGGACUGCUUUAAUGCAAUAUUAUAGCAACAAGACAGCAUGUGCAUAAAUCCUGAAUGUAUGGCAUGAGGUAUUUGUGAGUAUGAAUUGUGCCAAAUUAUAAAAGACACUUAUUGUGUUUUGAAUUAUUAACUUCUAUUAUAAUGUGGGACUACUAUGAAAAGUCAUACGUUUGCCAAAAUAUGCAAUAUCAAGUGUAUUUAAAAAUAAAUGAA